UUAUGUAUUUACCCCCUCUACAUUUAUGCCAAGUUUCAUUAAAAUCAGAAUUUUCGAGUUCGCGAGGUUCCCUUGUUAGUCGACAAUUACAUGACCGACAAGUACACCUAACCGACACUAUUAUUUGACCGACAGUUCAUUUGACCGACACCGUUUGGCCGACACACUUGCUCUGAGUGAGUCACAGAUGCGCACAGUAACAAACAGACACAGACCAAACGGACACAAUAACAAAUGCGCACAGACCAAAUGUGCACGAAUCAAAUGCGCACAGACCAAAUGCGCACAGAUCAAACGGACACAGUAAUCAACAGACUUACCACAUGGGUUGCGACUUCUCAGGGCACCCCUACCGACGGGGUGGGUGCGGGAAGGCUGGCGAAGCCCCUUUUGCAACCGCGCGCGCGCGCGCGCGCGCGUGUGUGUGUGUUUGUGCAAAGCAUUCUCUGCACCACAUGGGUUUGCGACUGUGCGCAUUUGGUCCGUGCGUAUGUAUAAAAUUUCAUUAAAAUCAGAGUGGGGCCGGAUACGUAAGUCUUACCGAAUUGUUUUUUAUAAGUAUAACAAUUAUUAAAUAAAGUUUUGUGAUUUGACGGAAAAUAUGGCCUAGUACAUUUGUUAUGUACAAACGCUACUGAGGCGCAACGUCACGAGCGCAAUUGGCGUUCCAACCGAGUCUCGAGUGGGGAAACAGUAGAUGUCACUUCAGAAAUAUUUUUGGCUGAAAAGGGCAACUAACUCCGAGCACUAUUUUAAAUGCUUUGUUUUGUUUACAAACGCAUAUUACCAAUUUGCCGUCAAUGGUUGUACAUUUUUAUAUGGAUUCCUGCUUUCACGUAAGGUGAGGAGUAAUAUUAUUCGAAAUCAGAAUUAACGUUAUUCGUUUUUUUUUUAAUUUUUGAAUUUCAAAAGUGUUUUUUGUUUUGUACUAUUAAUUUUAGUGAUUUUCUUGAAAAUGGCUUCAUCUCAAAAAUAUGUUGUUGGAGCAGCAGAAAUAAUUCUGUCAACCAAAAGCAGGCCAAAAAUUAAUAUUGAUGGUUUCAAAUUUGUUAAGGAUAAAAAUCGUGGUGAUGUAUAUUAUUGGAUUUGUGAACGUAAAAGUAGAAAAAAGGACAAUGGACAAUGUAUUGCAAGAGCAAUAACAAUUUUGAUCAAUGGACAGCACAUUGUUCGUAAAUUUGAUGCUUUGAAACACAAUCAUGCGGGUCAAGCUGACAAACCAGAAAUUGAAAAAACAUGCAAUAAGAUGAAACAACUAGCUAAAAACAGCAAUGAUCAACCAGCUCAAAUCGUCAACAAUGUAGUAGCAUCAACAUCACAGAAUACUAAGCCCUGUUUACCAUCAAAAGAUGCAUUGAGGCACCAAAUCAAAAGAAUCCGGAGAAGUGAUACUCCUACAGAAUCAAAAAUAUUAGAUGAGUUUUCAAUUCUUAAUGAAUUCUUAUUGACAAUUUCGGGUAAGCACUUUUGCAAGGAUAUAAAAGAUGGAAGUGAAAAAAUUUUGGUUUUUACUACGAGUGAAAAUUUGAAACAUUUGCAAGAGGCAAAAUACUGGAUAAUGGAUGGUACAUUUAAGACCGUUCCAACUGUCUUUAGACAAAUGUACACGAUUCAUGCAGAUGUUGGCAGUGAUUCUAAUUCUCGCGUUGUGCCAUUAGUUUAUGCUCUCAUAAGUUCAAAGAGUGAAGAAAUAUACAAAAGAUUGUUUCAAGAAUUAAAUGAUUGGGCUGAUGAAUUUUCAUUUCAUUUACAACCCGUUUUUGUACUUACAGAUUUUGAAAAAGCUGUAAUUAAUGCGGUUAACUCCGAAUUUUUGUCAGCACAAAGUAAAGGUUGCUUUACUUUCACUUGGAUCAAUCAGUUUAUAAACAAAUUCAGAAAAAUAAUUUAACAUCAAAGUAUGGUAACGAUCAAAAUUUUAGUCUUCUCAUUAAGCACAUUCCUGGUUUGGCGUUUUUGAGUCCUCUUGAAAUACCUGCAGCUUUUGAUGAACUAAAGAAGAUUCUGCCUGAAGAGGCAAAACUAAUUAUAAAAUGGUUUGACGACAAUUAUGUUCGCGGAAGAUAUCGAAGAAAUUUAAGAAAUGGACAGAUUCAAAGAUAGCCACCGGCAUAUCCACCAGAAAUGUGAUCUGUAUUUGAAAAUAGACAUUUCGCUUUACUAUGUACUCAAAAUAAAGUGGAAGCAUGGCAUCGAUGGGAAACUCUUGUUGGCCGUGCUCAUAUGGGAAUUUUUGUUAUUAUUAAAGAGAUACAGAAAGAACAAAAUAUUGUUGAAAAUGAAAUUGAACAAGCUUUAAGCGGAGAGCCACCUCAAAAAAGGCGGCGUGAUGAUGAUAAAAGAGAGAUUCGCAUUCAAAAUGUAAUCCGUGAUAGUGCUAAUAAAAUAGUUCUUGAAUUUUUAAGAGGAAUUGCUCAUAACAUUUCAAUUUAAUUUUUCUUUAAUUAGAAUUAAUGUAGAGGUUGUGUAUGUCGUAAUAAAAUAUAAAAAUUUUG